AUGGCUGAUCCGGUCUAUAGUUUUGAAAAAGUCGAAGAUUUCUUCUCACAUUACGAGUCUUGGACAAAACUUGGUAAUGUUCUCAGUCAUAGCUAUGAUCCUAACAUUCGUACACUUACCUUAAUUAUCGAAGGUGGAUACCCUCAAGGUCAGUCAUGUUGUCUCCUCAUUCAGCUGCUUGGAUAUAGUGUUUUUCGCGUGCGCUUUGAUCCAAGUAAGAGAAGCGCUGAUGAAUAUAUUACAAACAACACUCGAGCAGUAGUUAUGGACACAUGGGCAGAUCUUCAGAAUGAGUGGGGUCAAUUUAACACAAAGUUUAAUGACGGUCAAGAUAUAAUUAGUAUUGAUACAGUACACAUUAAUGAUAGUACACAGUACAUAAAGAUUGAAAUAAGUCUUAAGCCUUUCUCUAUUCGGGUUUAUCGAUUUGAGGGUGGACAAUUAUACUCAAUUUGGACAACUAACGAGGAAAUAGGAUUACGUUGGACUGAAGUCAGAGAUCAACUCAGUUCUGGUAGUGUUACAAAUACUUUUAAAAUAAUUCAGGUGUUAAACAAACCUACAACUGCAAAAUACGCAGGAUUUGGUGAACAUGGAGGUGUCGGCCUAUUUAAAAAUUCACAACAACUCACCUUCUUCAAUUAUGAUAAUUAUGGAUAUGGUCAAAUUUAUGGCCAAGGACCUCUGGAUCAACGCGAGCCUCUUUACCACUCAGAUCCUUUUUUCAUGGAAUUCAAUGGGGUUCCUGGAAAAGAAUCGAUCAUUGGCAUGUAUAUUGAUAAUUACUCACUUAUUUGUAUGGAUAUUGGCUAUGAAAAGUCCGAUAGAAAUAUGUUUGGCGUUAAAUUUGGUGAACUCGAUUAUUACGUAUUUUCUGGAAAUGAAUGCAAGGACAUUAUUAAUAGUUUCACAAGUCUAGUCGGACGUUGUAGGCUUAAACCUCGUUACGUUCUUGGUUUCCAUCAAGGGUGUUAUGGCUGGACGAAGAGGCAGGAUGUAGAGGAUACCCUCCAAAAAUACAGAGAUAACAAUAUUCCAAUUGAUGGCCUUCAUAUUGACAUAGAUUCUCAAAACAAUUAUCAAGUUUUUACCUUAAAUCCUGUAACUUUUCCAAACCCCAAAGAAAUGUUUGAUAAUUUACGGCUUAAUGGUGCAAAAUGUUGUGUUAAUGUUACUCCAAUUAUCAAAAAAGGUGAUAAUGAUUAUGUACCAUACAAAGAGGCUAUGGCGAAUGGUUAUUUGAUUUUAGAUCAACGUGUUCAAAGUUCUUCUGGUGAUUUACUCCAGCAAUACUACGAAGGAGGUCAUGAAGUGAUAGGAAAAAUGACCAUAGAUGACAAUCUCAGUGGUGUUUCCAUACCAUAUACUGGCAUGGAGGAUUAUGGUUAUGGUAAUAUCGUCUUGGGUCACUAUCCAGACCUUGGUAGGAAAGAGGUCAGAGAUUGGUGGGGUAAACAGUAUGAAACUCUUUUUUCAUGGGGAUUAGAAUUUGUUUGGCAAGACAUGACAACUCCAGCUAUUGAUAAAACUCGAGGUGAUAUGAAGGGAUUUCCUUUCAAACUUCGUGUUACAGACGAUUCUUUAUCUGCUACAAAACCUUCAUUAAAUUCUGCUCUCAAAGUGUGGAACCUUUUUUCUUAUAAUCUACAUAAAGCAACAUAUCAUGGCCUUAAUCUUAUCCCCAGUCGCGAAGGAAAACGCAAUUUUAUAGUAGGUCGUGGUAGCUUUACCGGAUCCCAUCGGUUUUGUGGUUUGUGGACUGGAGAUAAUGCAUCAACAUGGAACUUUUAUCGGAUUAAUAUUGCACAGGUAUUAGCCGUUGGACUUUCAGGACUUUCAAUAGUAGGAGCAGAUAUUGGAGGAUUUGGUAAAGGUGAGAAUAAUGGAAACUGGGCUAGUCCUGAACUGAUUAUUCGUUGGACAACAGCUGGAUCAUUCCUGCCAUGGUUUAGAAACCAUUAUGUAAAGAAAUCGAUGAGACAAUCAAUGGUGUUAUUGCAACUUUGGUAUGAUUUAAUGUGGGUGAAUGUGCUUGAAAGUAUGCCAAUGUGUCGAGCGAUGUUUAUUAAUGAUCCACGUGAUAGUGCACUUUACAAUGAUAAGAUUGACUUUAACAGUAAUCAAUUCUUUGUUGGCAAAGAUAUGCUUGUAGCGCCUAUAAUGGACCCUGAUGCUACUACACGAGAUAUUUAUUUGCCAAUCAUAGAUUACUGGUAUAAUUUUAUGGACAGUAAAUUCCCACUAGCAGGUGCAGUUGAAGGUGGCACAACAGUUCGAAAUUUUGAUGCACACAUCGAUGGUGAUGACUAUAAUCAUUUGGGGUUUAUUGUUCCAGUAUAUAUUCGUGCUGGAGCUAUAAUCCCGGAAAUCCCUCUAGAGCAAUGGGUAGGGCAACUUCACGAAAAUGGUAAACCUUGCAAUAUCACCCUCAAUAUCUAUCCGGGAAUACAAGGCAAUUAUACUAUGUAUUUGGAUGAUGGUGUUAGUCUUUCUUCUGCACCACCUGAUGCACCUCAAUACAAAUACAUGGACCCAGAAGAAAAAAAGUGGGCAAAGGGAGAAUACCGAGAAGUAAAGAUCGAACAUGUUCAGUCUGGAAUUAAUCGCGAUAUCACAAUCUCGAGAGGUAGGGAUAAUUACACACCUCCUUUAGAAACAUUCUACCGUGUGGCUAUACUACAUGAUCCCUCAGAAUCUUUUCAAGGUUCAAAUGGACCUUUAAUGUCCAUCACUGUUAAUAGUCAAGUGUUAAAAGAUCCUAACAAGGAUAUGGUUUUAAGUAACGAUAAUAUUAAUCCUGUUAAUAGUUGGUAUUAUGAACCAUCAAUUAAAAUCUCUUAUAUUAAG